AUGCCCUCCAGGACCAAAAAGGACGCCCCGUCUGAGGACGCUGCCAUGGAGGAUGCCCCCGUUUCUGCGCAGGUCGAGGACGUGCCUGAUCAGGACAUGCCCGAGAAUGGCGCCGCAGAGGAGGCAGAAGAAGAGGAAGAGGAAGAGGAGGAAGUUGAGGCCCAGCGCGUAAAGAUUCUUCCUGGCUCUACCGAGACGGCCGCUUCCUUUGAGUUUAUCGAAGAAGGCCACACCAUGGGCAACGCCCUGCGGUACAUUAUCAUGAAAAACCCCGACGUUGAAUUCUGUGCCUACACGAUUCCUCACCCUUCAGAGGACAAGAUGAAUAUUAGAAUACAAACAUAUGAGGGCACCGCCAUUGACGCUCUCAAAAAGGGCCUUGGUGAUUUGCAGCAGGUCUGCGACGUCGUUGCCGAUGAGUUUAUGACUAAGCGUCAGCAGUUUAACGACGAAAAUGGCAUCGUCAGGUAG